GUACGAGGUAGAUGGUAUUUACUGAGGACUUAGCGAUAGGAAGUGGAAGAACCGAAGCUUACGAUCGCUGGGUUGGGGUUUGUGCCUGGAGAUCCGGGUAUUGCGGGGACGGUACGCCAACUCACAGCGCGGCGUUGACGUCGGCGCGCUAUUACUGUGCUUUUUCAAUGACUCGACACCGCAUUGUAUGCAUUUCCCAUCAAGUGUCACACCGUUGGUUCCUUUGACGCGACCGUGAGACGCGUUCUUAGCGUGUGUCAAGCCGUUUGCCAGCGGAUAAUGCAGGUGGUUCCUUGACCUAUAAACAGCUAUGAAGACCGAGGACUAUAAACCGCGAUCGGCAUCUAGAGUCUGUCUACCAACUCCAUCUUCAACAUUUACACAUCGGAAGCCGAAGAGUUCAACACUCUCUUGGCGCAUCUUGGUUUUGAUCACCAGCCUCGCUCUCUACGCUAUGUACAACGGCCUAGCUACUUUGCGCCCCAUGGCCAACGGAUUAUCACGGUCUACGAACUCGAUCUUCAUCCCAUUCAUCUACAAAUUUAGCCCCAAACAUGUCCCACAAGUCAUGUGUAGCAUCGAAGGGGUCAACAUCAAGAUGCCUGUAGACACAGGGUCCACCGGCACGUUGAUAGGAGCUCCAAUACUUCCAAAUAUAUCGCCUACUGAGGGCAAGCCAGCACACCACUUCUUCACAAGCAGCAAGAUUCUCUAUGUAGGCCGACUGGUGAAGCUGCCAAUGGAUUUUGUUGGUGAGGCUGGCUCCUACGCGACCGCGAACGUGCCUGUUUUGAUUGUGGACAGAAGCUGGAGAUGCCCUUGGUAUAAUCCCAGCAAAGACCGAUUCGAAUGUCCACCUGGUCCAGACGGGGAGCAGGCUGAAGAGAGGGAUACCUCGGAGAUCACCUACAUGGGUGUAGGCUUUGGAAGAAACCGCCCGAAAGACGGUAUGCCGUUCGCGACACCGAGCAUUAACCCGUUCUUGAACAUCGAUGCGAUCGAUGGGGAACCGAUACAAAACGGAAUGAUGCGAGCUGGAUAUAUCAUAUCGACCGAGGGCAUCCAGAUAGGGUUAACGCCAAGGAACACAAAAGCCUUCGCGUUCUCUAGUUUGGAUCCAGGAUUAAAUCAUGGCGAGGAUGCGAGGGAUUGGGCGAUGGCAAAGAUGUGCUUUAGCAUCAACGACGAAGGGCGUAAUGACGGUACUCUUCUUGUCGAUACUGGCGUAGCGCAAAUGUACAUCAGAGCCGAACGGGACGUUUCAAUCCCGACUGUUGUCAUCCCAAACCCCAAUCCAAACGGUCACACAAAGAUGGUGAAGCGCGUGAAGCCUGGUACCAACAUCACCGUUGGCUUCCCAUCUCUAGACCAACCAGCGACAUCAUACUCGUUCGUCGUUGGCGAGAAAUCGCUUAUCGAACCCAACUAUGUGUUUCCGCAAUUGCCAGAACAUCCUCCGUAUAUCAAUACUGGUCGGAACUUGUUGUUUGGCUACUCGAUAGCUUUCGAUGCGGUAGGAGGGCGUUUUGGCUUUCGUCCGGUUGGCAAUCAUAGCUCUUCAUCUGUACUUUAGUCUUCAACCAUGCCAUCGAGCAGACAUCACAUUGUGCGCUCACGUCUUUCUCUCUUUGCUUCU